AGGAAAUUUAUGUGGAAAACUUUGGUAUAAAAAUGAUGUAGCAGAUUUGAUCGGCACGUAGUUCGAAGGCCACGGUCGUAGUUAGCCGAGAGCGAGUAGCGGGAACACAGAUGCUAGUCUGCGUUCGGCGUGGUCACACCAUGAGGCGUGUGCUGCCACUGUUGGCGUGUCAGUGGUCGCGUCCUCGGGAGUUCCUGGGCUCACGGCGCCUUGUGUUGUCAGGUCAGAUGGCGACGAUCAGGAAGCUGCUGCAGGCGCGCCAGGACAAGGAGGCGGAGCUGGGCAACAAGGUGACGGUGGUGGGCGCCGGCCAGGUCGGCAUGGCCACCAUCUUCUCCUUGCUCACGCAGGGCGUUACUAACAACAUCGCGCUGGUGGACACCAACGAGGACAAGCUCAAGGGCGAGAUGAUGGACCUGCAGCACGGAUCCGCCUUCCUCUACAACGCCAACAUCCAGGCCGGCGCAGAUUACGAGAUAACUGCGAACUCUCAGAUUUGCGUCAUAGCGGCCGGUGUGAGGCAGAAGGAGGGCGAGGAUCGCCGCAACCUGGUGCAGAGGAAUGUUCAAGUGCUUAAGGGUAUUGUACCUAAGCUUCUGCAAUACAGUCCGAACGCGAUCCUGCUGAUCGCCAGCAACCCUGUGGACGUGCUGACGUACGUGUCGUGGCGCAUCAGCGGCCUGCCCCGUCACCGCGUGCUGGGCUCCGGCACCAACCUAGACUCGGCGCGGUUCCGCUACCUGCUCUCACAGAAGCUGGGCAUCGCGCCAACCUCCUGCCAUGCCUACAUCAUAGGAGAACACGGCGAUAGCAGCGUGCCGGUGUGGUCGAGCGUGAACAUCGCAGGCGUGAGGCUGCGGGACCUCAACCAGAACUUCGGUCUGGAGACGGACGAGGAGAACUGGCAGGAGACUCACACGCAGGUGGUGCAGAGCGCGUACGAGGUCAUCAAGCUGAAGGGGUACACCUCGUGGGCCAUCGGCCUGUCGCUCACGCAGCUCAUCAAGGCCAUCCUCACCAACGCCACCAGCGUGCAUGCCGUCACUACUUGUGUGCAGGGCGAGCACGGCAUCACGGACGAGGUGUUCCUGUCGCUGCCGUGCGUGCUGGGCCGCAACGGCGUGCUGGACGUCAUCCGGCAGCCGCUGUCCGACACGGAGCGCAAGCAGAUGUACCAGUCCGCCAGCGUCAUGGCCGACCUGCAGGCUAAGAUCGUCUUCUAAACACGCCUCGCCCAGCGAACAUAAUCCUGUUGCGCUCCUAUCAGGAUAUACUGCAUUUAUCUCGCAAAUUUUGACUGAAUUGGACGAAACGUGUUUUGUCUAUCAUUAUGAAUUUUCUACUUAUAAACGUGUUGACGUCUGUGUAGUGUUAGUUUAAAUUAAAUUUAUUUACAUGAGUACUUUAUACGGUAUUAAAAUAACCUUUUGUAUUGUUAGACAAUUAUCUUUCAGCUGUAAGCUGUUUGUAUCUAGCUGUGACUGUACAAGCCAACGAUCUUUACAUAGAAGUAGGUACAUCUACUAAAAUAAGAUAGUUUCACUAAUAAUUUAAAUAAAUAGCUAUAUUUACUUUCAGUAUUAAUAAUUACCAACUUCUGGAAGUAGUUAUAAGUUUCUCGUGAGUGAUAGUAAAUACCACAAACAGUAAUUUCAUUGUUUUAAGUACUUUAUAAACCGUUCAGAAACCACUUGUCAAAUUAAUUCAUAUUUUUGUAACUAAAUAUAGGAAGAAAAUUGACUAUUUGGCUUUAAAUCAACAUGAAUUGAUGAAAAUAGCAAACAUGUUGACCAUGUUUUUGUGAUUAUAUAAACUCAUAUAUAUAUAUAUAUAUAUAUAUUUAUUAACCUUUUCUAAGCUCCAUACUGAUAAGGAAAGAGAAGUGUUUAGAGAUACACAAGUGAACGUGAAGAAAUAUCAUUAUUUAGUCCGUUAUGAGUAUCAUCAUCAUCCUGCCAGAAUCCCAAUAAAUUGUGUUUAGGGCCGGCACAUGUUCUCUUCUUCCUUACUCUUUAUCUGCCGUUCUUGGUGUAUCAUGAUGUCAAAUAAGUAAUGCUGAUAACUUAACGCUUGUCUAUCAUUUUCAAAGCACUUUUAUGUUACAGGUUAUGUUUCAUUAUUUAUGAAUAAAUGUUGCUUAUAAAUGUGA